UCCUCAAAUGAGAAAUUCGACUAAACGCCUUUUCGUAACGAAAUAAUUUAGAAAAUCGGGCGAAGGUAUAAUUUUAAAUAGUUCUUGUUUUUUAAUUAAUAGUCGUUUUUGUAACAAUUGGAAGUUUCCUUGAAAUUAAAAUAUUCGUCGAUACGUCGACGAAAGGAAAAGGAAUCAAGUUUCAUAAAUAAUGGUGUUUCAGUUUGCCAGUGUAACAAUAUUUUUGAGGUGUUUUUAUUAAAGGUUUUGCUGUUGUAUUCGAGCUAAUUUAGACUUCAAGAUGGCAGUGAAUAGUGUUCAUCUUUCGCCAUAGCAAGUGAUUGCUUAUAAAUCCAUUCGAUGUGGUGCUCGUUUGUUGCUGUACGGGGCACGGAUGCUGACUCCAGGGAGCGGUUUAUGCGAUGGUGAUAGCAAAGAGCAAGAAAGUUAAACCAAUAAUGAACAACACGAUAAAGAAUAUGGAUUACAAUUGGACACCUGGACCAGAUCCACCUAACAACCAAGACGUGGGUGUACCCAGGGCAGUCUUCAUUCCUCAUUCAAAUUCGUUGCCAUUUGAUGAAAGGCGGGUUACUUUGGAACAGCCAGUCAAGAUUGGACGCAACGUGUAUCGUGCGACGCCCAGCCCAACGAAUACAAUAUUCGAGUGCAGAGUGCUCUCGCGACACCACGCUACGCUCUAUUAUGACAAAGGCCACUUUUACCUCGUGGACAAUCAGAGCAGCAAUGGCACGUUCAUCAACAACAACCGGUGCUCGAUAUCGAAGGAGCAGGAGCCUCACGAGGUGUUCUCUGGCGACGUGGUGCAAUUCGGCAUACCGGUCGUGGAGAAUGCCGUGGGCAAUUCGGAGAAGAAUACGUUCCCGCCUGUGGUUGCCCUCUUGAAGUUAUACCACCCCGAUGGCAAAGAAGCGAAGCUCUCUUUCAAUCCUACGAUGACGACGCCCCUACACCUCAAAGAACUAUACCAGCUUAACAACUUCGUCCAGGAAGCGAUACAACGUGAGGCGUCUUUAGAAAACCGACUGCGCACGCUUCGCGAGUGCGUUGAGCGAACGCGCGCCGAAGCGCAAGCGUCCUGGGAACUGUUCGUGGGCGAGCAGCGUCUGCUCAUGCGCGUGCACACGCUCGAGACCAUGCUGUCCGUGGGCAAGCAGCCCGACGCGCACCACGUGGCGCAGCUGCUCAGCGACAAGAGGAACUACCAGGAAGUGGCGCAAGAGAGCCUGCGAGCGGCGCACGAGCAGCGGCUGGCGCUGGAGGAGACGCUGGAGCGCCGCAGCCGCGAGGCCGCCGCGCUGCACCAGCACAACUGCGCGCUGCGCCUCGCCGCCAACAACGCGCUCGCCGAGCUACAGAAGCUGGCAGCGCGGUGCGAGCGCAAGAUGUGCGCGGCGCGGCUGGCCAUCAGCGCUGCGGAGGAGCGCGAGCUGGCCGUGCGCAGCCACCUGCCGUUGGCAUAUUCAGUACAAAAUGGCGAAGCCAAAAUGCUGGUUCUCAGCACCGACAGUAACAAACUGCAAGAGGCGAAGCGCGGCGGCUCUCUUGAAGACGCCGUGCGCGCGCUGCCUGACUACAUCAAGCUGCUGCUGCCGCAACAGCUUCUCAACAAGGUUGGCAUAAAAGUGCUAUCUGCUGAGGGCAAGUCGGCAAAAGAGUUCGAUUUGAUACUGAAAAAGAACAACAUUUACAACUCCGAAGCCAGGGAAAAGCAACAGGCGGAAGAAGGCGGCGUCGGAGGCAGCGGCGAGGAAAAGUCUGGGGAGCCCGACUCUUGCACGGACGAUGAGAAACAAUCGCGUUUGAAUCAUGAGCCAGGACACGAAGACAGCCCCAGCCCGCUGGACGGGGAGCUUCGCCCCGACAACAACGCCAACUCUACCUACAGCGAAUCCGACAACAGGGAGGAAUCGCCGAGUAAAGCUGGUGUCGAAUACGCGAACAUCCUCCGCGUGAUGGCCGGUCUCAACGAAGAGAUCAAGGUCCUUCGCGAGCGUCUCAACGUCACCAGCUCCGAGAACGAACAGCUGCGGACCGUCCGCGACGAGUUACUGGCGGCCCAGGGCGACGCGCGCGACGAGCCGCCCGCCGUGGAGCCCGAGGACGCCGCCGCCUACAGGGCGCGCAUCGCCGACCUGCAGGCCCAGCUCACGCGGUCGACGGUGGCGGAGGAGGCGAACCUGGCGGAGAUCCAGCGGCUCGCGUCCAACGCCGCCGAGCUGCAGGCCGAGCUCGCCUUCCGCCCCACGCGCGCCGACGCCGACCAGCUCGCCGCCGAGCUCGCCGAGCUGCGCGCCGAGCUGCUCGCGCGCCCCGCGCCCGCCCCCGCGCCCACCGCCGACAAGGCCGUCGACACCGCCGACGAGCCGCCCGCCGAGAACAUCGACGCGCGCCAGAUCUCCGCCGAGAUCGACGAGAUGUUCCGCCUCGACUACGACGACGAGGACGAGGAGACCGACUCGGCCGUCACCGAGAUCACUAAGGACGAGCGCUCGCUCGACGCCGACGCCGACACCGCCGCCGGCGAGUUCGUGCGGCUCGACGACGAGCGCCGCCUGCAGGUCACGCUGCGCAACGGCUCGCUGCACGCGCUCGAGGAGGAGCUGGUGCGCGCCAAGGAGCGCUGGGCCGAGGUGGCCGAGGAGCGCGCGCGCCUCGCCGCGCAGCUGGCGCAGCUGCAGGACAAGCCCGUGGCGCGCCUCAGCCUCGCGCACGUGCUGGCGCUGCUGGUGCCGCUGCUGGCCGCGUGCCUGUACUACGCGCUGCUGCCGCUGCUGUCCUGAUUGACGGCCACGUGGGACCCGCCCGGGUACGCGUAGCCCGCGCCCGCGCCCGCGCCGUGCGGACUCCCCUCGACUCUUUGCUCACUCUCCCCCUCGAACCUCCUUCGUGACGAGCGAACACGAACUCUCCGGACCGACUCGCGCCGCCUCCAGUACCUGUUCGAAUAUUACGCGCCGUCGUCGGCCGAGGGCUUCGGUGUAUUUAUGGAUUAGAGUAAUUUUAGUAAUACGUUAUAGAUGUCGGUUUAAUUCACGCCUUCGGCCCGGUGAAUGCGUUUAUAAUGGCGGCGCGGGCGGGCGCGGCUCGGGAGUGCCAUCGCCAGCGUCGCGCCGCGGGUGUCGGUGCGCGUUGUUAUCGCAUGUAUAUACCCUAGUGUUGUUUCUGUAAAAAGUGUCGGUAUCGUAUUUGAUAGAUAUAAAUUGAUUGUUGAUAUCUGCCAUAAUAAAUAAAUGUAAAUUUUAUAUUAAGGCCUAACGACUGUCCUAAGUUAUAAAAUUAUUGUUGUUCGAGGUUUAUCGAAAUUUUCAGCCGAGCGGCGCCGGGACUACGGAGCGUCCCGUUCCCUUGUUGACUGUUUUACAAUAUUGUAGUGUGUUACCGCCGAGUGGCGCUACAUAUCAUUGCGUAGGUUAUCGACCGUGGGCAUUUACUCGUCGACCACUUGGCAGUUGCUCUUCGAAUCGUUUGCAUUUUUCUAGUCUUUAGAAUCGAGGUAGACUUGGUUGCAUGACUUUUUGUGCUCCUGUGUUUUUUACACUGUCUUUUAGAUCUUAUUUACAAAUAAAAAUGAUCAGUUAACGACGGUCAGGUUUCUUGCGCAUUUAACGUGCAUCUCUGACAUUUCAUACGUUUGUCGAUCGCGUUGUCUUUGGGUUGUAACUUGUAGUGGCGGACUCACGGGGCCGUCAAGCCGUGGCUGCGCUGGCUCGCUUAGCUCUGUGAUGUGAAGGCCAAUAGAUAAUUUUGUAACAAACUUGUA